CAAGAAAAAAGAAAACAAUAUGUAUAUCAUGAUGUUGAUAAUCAUCACUACCGUGUCCUUGUGUUAGCUUAUGUUCUUUUUUCUAAACAUUCCAUGUUUCCUUCGCAUCUUCAUUAUAUAAAACACACUUCCAAUUCUCAUUUCUAGUUUGGUUUUGCUUCUUUCCAAUUCUUACAAAGAAAUGGCACAUUUACCUCCUAGAGCACCAAACAUGACCCAAAAUUGGCCUGAUUUUUCACAUCAUCAAAAGAAUAUAGAAACAACAACCACCACCAUCAGUCACCACCACAACCCGUCAUGGGUAGACGAAUUCCUCGACUUCUCAUCCGCGAAACGAGGGUCUCAUCGGAGAUCUAUAAGCGAUUCCAUCGCGUUUCUUGAAGCUCCUAUGGUUGAAGAAUGCCGAAUAAGGUUGUCAAGUUCAGGAACAAGGACAACAAGUGCUGAAUUCGAGAGAUUUGAUGAUGAACAACUUAUGUCAAUGUUUAAUGACGACAUUGCGAAUAAUUCUAUUGAACACAACUCCACCAAUCCUUCGUCGCCUUCGGACCAUAACAGCAUUAAUGAGGAUAAGAAAAUGAAUGUGUCUACUCAUGAGCAAAAGCAAAUUCAGGAGCAACAGCAGCUUAAGACUGAACCUGAAGAAGUUGAAAGCUCAUGCAAGUCUGAUGAUGAACAAAAUGCUGCUGAUCUGAAUCCAACUGCUGAUAAUUCCAGCGAAAAAAUCGUUGAUCCGAAGAGAAUCAAAAGGAUCUUGGCAAACAGACAAUCGGCACAAAGGUCACGGGUGAGGAAAUUACAGUACAUAUCGGAGCUAGAACGUAGCGUUACUACACUUCAAGCUGAAGUUUCAGUAUUGUCACCAAGAGUUGCAUUUCUGGACCACCAACGUCUGGUUCUAAAUGUUGACAAUAGUGUCCUCAAGCAAAGAAUCGCAGCUCUUGCCCAAGAUAAAAUUUUUAAAGAUGCUCAUCAAGAAGCCUUGAAGAGAGAAAUAGAGAGGCUGAGGGAAAUUUAUUACCAACAGAACCUAAAGAAGAUGGAAAAUGAUCAGCCAACAAAGACACGACCAGCAGCUGCUGAUGCUAAUGGCUCUGAGAAGAAAGAACAGCUCGUCAACUGAUCCCUAUAUUCUGAUCCUUCAGCUAGG